CGAAGUAAGUGAAUCAAAAUAGGCGCCAUUUUGAUAUGUUUGCAACCGUUAGACGGUAAUGCAUCUGUGUAUUUCGUGAUCAUUAUUAAUAGUAUUUUCUAUCACGAGUAAGGACUCUUCGAUCGUCACGAAAAUUGCCACGUCGUGAGACGUUAACCUCGAAAUUUGUCUCGGUACUUUCUAUUUACGUAUACGUGAGGCAGAAGCUCAGUGAACAGUACGUUUACAUUGAGAAACGCUUUCGUUAUCGACACGAGACUCGUCCUUAGCAAUGCGCUGCUCGUAAAUAUCAGUUAUCAAUCACGUCGCGCGAAAUACGCACUACAGGUUGAAGCACAACCCUAACCUAACCUAACCUAAGACCACGCGUGAGCUAGUGCGCGUUGAGGUUAUGUUUCUUGUUGAUAUGCGAACGUAGAAGGCUACUUUUGCUCGACGCGUUCGCCCUGCGUAGGCUGAAUUCAGAACUGCCUGUGAGUGUCUGACGAUUGCGACAAAUUCGAGGAGAAGAACGACGCCAACAUGCCCACUUGGAAUCAGAUUCAGGCUCAGCUGCGAAACCCCAAUAACCCAGUGGUGUUCUUCGACGUGUCGGUGGGGACUACCGAGAUAGGUCGCAUGAUCUUUGAAUUAUUCGAGGACGCUUGCCCGAAAACGUCGGAGAAUUUCCGACAGUUCUGCACCGGGGAAUACAGGAAGGAUGGCGUUCCACUCGGCUUCAAGGGUGCCAUCUUCCACCGUGUGAUCAAGGACUUCAUGAUACAAGGUGGCGACUUUGUGAAUGGCGACGGCACCGGAGUACUGAGCAUCUACAGCGGAGGGACGUUCCCGGAUGAAAACUUCACUCUGAAGCACGACUCGCCCGGACUGUUGUCUAUGGCCAAUAGUGGCAAGGAUACCAAUGGCUGUCAGUUCUUCAUCACCUGUGCCAAGUGCAACUUCUUGGAUGGCAAGCAUGUUGUCUUUGGCAGGGUAAUUGAUGGUCUUCUUGUGAUGAGAAAAGUUGAGAAUGUCCCUACGGGACCAAACAACAAGCCAAAAAUUCCAGUAACGAUAUCUCAGUGCGGACAAAUGUAAUAAUGCUGUUAUUUAUAUAGAUUUAUAUAAACCUCAGGAAUGACCAUUGCAGUAUUGGUGACUGCUCUUUUAGAAACAAUAAAAAUAUAAUUUUUAUAAUA